AUGAGUGGCAUCGCUAACAGGACCUUGAAUGGUUCCGACGAGACGACAAACCUCCUUCCAGAAUCUCCAAAGUCACCAGCGAAAUGGGAUUGGAAGACCAUAACAUUCCUAUGCAUUGUUCUGUGCAUUACCUUCGAUAUCGGUGAUUAUCUGAUUCAAGCACCUCGAUUACGUCUCUACGAAUCUAUAAUUUGUGACGAGUACUACAGCACCCACAACAUCAGCUUACCACAAACAGUCCCAACUGGAGGACCCAUUCCGGAACAGCAUUGCAAACUUGACGAGAUUCAGGAUGAGUUGGCGAUGAUCCAAGGUUGGCAAGUUGCGUUCGAUAGUAUAUCCAGUAUCUUGUUGGCGGUGCCGUAUGGAUGGGUCGCUGAUAAGUAUGGACGGAAACUGGUCAUUACUGCUGCGCUUGGAGGCUGCAUUAUGGCAUACGUGUGGACACUCUUGGUCGCGGGAUGGUGGCAUCUACCAUUGCGAUGGGUAUGGGUUUCGUCUAUCUUUUUAAUGAUAGGCGGAGGGAAUGUUACUGCAACCACUAUGGCGUCAACAAUUGUUGCUGAUGUUGCGCCGCUUGACAUGAGGAGUACCGCAUUUUUGUAUCGAUUCACAAGCGAUCUGGUCGCCGAGUGUCUAACUCCUCCAAUUGCUUCAAUGCUUAUGACAAAAUCAGUAUGGAUUCCUCUUUUAGCGGCUCUAGGUUUCGAACUACUUGGGUAUGCUUUCAUAAUUCCGUUACCAGAGACUUUGCCUCAAAAGACACCCGAGGAUACUGCUGAAAGUUCACGAUCAUCUGAAGCUCUGGUAGAGGAGGAGGAACAGAGACCGCUACUUGAAGCAGAUGAGAGUGAUCCUAAAAAGCCGUCAAGAUUAAGCGAUAUGAAGGAAUCCUUCAGCUUCUUGACGAGAGACAAAGCUGUUGCUGCUCUUGUUUUCACCUUUCUUGUUUCGAAGGUUGGCAGGCAAUCAACCAACCUGAUAAUCCAAUAUGUCUCGAAGCGAUAUCACUGGUCCAUAGCCAAGGCUGGUCUGCUUCUCUCCCUAAGAGCGGCUGUAAACAUUAUUCUUUUCCUAUUGGUGCUACCAGCAAUUUCCACCUACGCCUUUCCUGGGGCCACUGCAGCAUUUAAAGACCUCACAAUCUCGAGAGUAAGCAUAUUGCUUAUGAUCUUUGGGACUCUCGUUCUCUCAGUCUCACCUACGCCUGCGCUCAUGAUUAUCGGUCUUGUGAUUUACACAUUAGGAACUGGGUUCGUGCCGGUUGUACGUAGUCUCAUAACCUCUCUAGCAGAGUCACAUCACGCCAGCAAGACUAGCGACGUAGGAAGGCUGUAUGCUAUUAUCGGUGUUAUGGAAAGUAUUGGGAGUUUGCUAGCUGGACCUGGCAUGGCGAUUGCUUUCCGCUUGGGUAUGAAGAUAGGACAGGCUUGGUUGGGUCUGCCUUUCUUGGUCGCUUCAGCGUUAUUUGGAAGUGUUGCUGGAGUCGUAUUUUGGGUUAAAGUAUAG